UUUGCAUUGUUUCAUUCACAAGGUGCAUUCCGUGACGUCACGCUGUACAAACCACAUGCACUCAGCCCUCGUUACUAGUAAUUCACCUUCCAAAUCCUCAAAUGUUCGUUUCUUUCGGAUUCCCAGGACGCCGCUGUUCUUUCGGAUUUUUACCGUCGUUUUCACCGGAUUUAUAACCCCCGAAGCCGACUGAAGGCUUUUGGGGACCCGUGUCGGCUGGAAAGGUAUGGAGCAAGGGGAGGGAUCAUCUCAGAAGAGUCCCAUUGGCUCCCACGUUAGCAGUAGCUUCUUCGAUAGUUCACACCCGAUCAGCCAGCCACUCUACUCCCAACCCUCUACAAGUCACCACGAUUCGUUCCCCAUCAUAUCCCACGUACCCAGUGCCUUUUCCAUGUUCCCACACAACGCCUACUCGGCUGCGGCAGCCGCUGCAGCCGCUGCCGCUGCAGCUCGACCUCUGGGGUCAGAGUUCGGAGGCUUGGGUUCGUUGAGUUCAGAGAGUCUUAGCAGUCCUCUGCGAUCGCCGACGUCGGUGGCCACACACAGUCCAAUCAGCCCAUCCACAGGGUGGUCCUUUGAGGCCAGUGCUCAAUUGUUUAGUCUGGCAACGCUAGGUGGCAGUCCAUGGUGGCAGCAGUCGCAUGGCUUGGGGGCGCUAGGCCACGAUUAUUAUGCACACAACCUUGGCUUGCCGUCAACCUUCGGCCACGGAACCAGUGCCGAUAAGGAAGCCAGUGUCGCUGGUUUUGAUGCCCUGUUCAAAAGCCAAAAAAGUGAAUCUCCUAGUCCAAGCAGCGGGGCUGCCCGACGGGGCACUGGACGCCGCGGUCGGCCUCGUAAGACCGACAGACCGAACCCGCUGAGGGUACCUCUGAUGACCCGGCCACCGACCAUCAUGCCGAUGCCAAGUCAUCAACCCACACCUCUAGUUAUGCCCAAAGAAUCCGUGUCUGUCAUCAAAGAGGUUCCUAAGUCAAACGCGAAGGUCUCCUCACCCAGUCCCUCACUUUCCUCCCCCAAGAAGCAUCCAUCCAAAUCGCCGUCGCCGAAAGGAAGCACACCAUCAAACACUUUGUCCUUCUCCGCCGCCUCUCCCAAGAAGAAGAGGAGCGCGUCGUCGUCAUUGUCGUCGUCGUUGGCGAAGGGUACGCGGAAGCAGGGUGCAAGCGACAGCAGCGAUAACGGUCUGAGCUCGGAUGACUCCGAUAGCAACAUGUCGGAGGUCAGCGACGAGGAUUCGGAGAGCGAUUCGGAGGCAGACAGCGAUGAGGAGAUUAAACAGGCAAAGAAAGAGUUGGAAGCCAGACAAAAGCUCCUCCUCCAGCAACAACGAAACCUACGCGAAAAGCAGCAGUCGUCGAUGAGCAGGAAACACAAGGUGGAGCCCCACGAGCGUCCGCCGCCGCCGCCCUCCAACGAGCGACAAGCCAGCGAGAAGAAGCACCACCGCCACGGCGGGGACUAUCACCAUCAUCACCACCAUCACCAUCGGAAAGGCAGCCAGGAGGUCACUGAUGAGCCACUGAUUACUACUACUAACGAUCUCAACAUCACCACUUGCACCAUUCCUACUUUAAACCCUUCUCUCACCCCGUCUGAUGACAUUGAUCAUUACACUACUAACCUAAUAGAGGAAGCAUUUGAGGGUAAGAAGAAAGAUGCAAUCCCGACCGAGAAAGAACUCCAGGAGCAGAUGUUGAGGGAGCAAGAGCAGAAGCGACGUGCCGAGCAGCUGACCCUCCAGUUUGAGCAACAGAUCAAGGAGCAACAACACCACCUCCGGAUGCAGAAGAAGGCCCAGGCCGAGCGGGAGAAGCAGCUCCUGAACGAGAAGAGCCGUCUGGAGAAGGUCCAGACUGAGAAGAGGAGACCCGAGACUGCCGUUGGCGGCAGGGGGAAAGGGAAGAGGGGGAGGAAGCCCGGCGGUGGGGUCGGCAGAGAGGUGAAGAUGGAGGAGAUGCCGGUGGUGGAGAGGCCAAGAGGGAAGAGCAAGGGAGAGAAGAGAAGACGAAUGAUGAUGGAGAGCUUACAGCAUGUCAAUCAGGAACAGCAGGUUAACGGCACUAAAGAGCUUGAUCAGAAGGCUAGGAGCGAGUCGGCGUCCCCUGGUGUUGAGAUGUCCCCCGCUCCGUCAGCGUCCAACGCCAGCAUGCCAAACCUCGCAGCGGUUAAGGAGAUGGAGGAAGGGGAAGGGAGCGAGAGAGAUGGCGACAAACUGACCAUCAGGGAACAUUGCGACAGCGAUGGGGAUAUUACUGGAGGCUCAGAUGACUGUCAAGAUGUGUCGUCCGAUUCUGCCUCAGAUUUAGAAAGUGAUGAUGACGAUGAUGACGAUGACGAUGAUGAUGACCAGAACGAGCUGGACAACUCCGAGGACACUGACACCAGCGCCAUGGCCAGGGACUCCGAGGGCAGUCCCAUGCCGAUGAAUAUGCUGCUCAAGCGCAAAGCCGACAACCAGAGCGCUAUGUACCCUGGCUACCUGCAAGUUCAGCGAAAGCGCCUCCGCGUGACUGAUGAAAAAGCCGUCCGCAGGCCUCUUACUCGAGGAUGGCGUCGUCAGGUCAUUAUUCGCCAGCUCGGACCUGGUGACCGAGUCAAAGGCGACGUCCUGUACUACGGCCCCUGCGGGAAGAAGCUACGGACCUACCCGGAGGUGAUGCGGUACAUCCAGCGCCGGGGAAUAUCCGAUGUCAGCCGGGAGCACUUCAGCUUCAGCGCCAAGAUUCGCAUCGGGGAGUUUCUGAACCCGAAACCGGACGGGGAGAAUGUCGGGGGCAUCAUCUUUGAGAGACUGACGGAGAACGAGCUUCAGCAUCGCAUCAAUAUCCUAAUGGGGCGUAAGCCUCGCCCCGGUCGCCCCCUCAAGAACCCAGAGAGGAAGAGGAUAGCCCAGGAGCUGGCCCGCCGUGCCGCCGAGGUCAAACAUCGUAAGAAGAUGGAGCAUCAAGCAGACAUGGUGCGGAGAAUCCAGGAAGCUAAGAUGAGAAGGAAGUUGGAGAGGCAGCAGCAAGCCCACCACGCCAGGGAGGCCAGGAGACAACAAGCUUUCCACGCUGCCGAGGAGAAGCGGCGUGCCAAGGAGCAUCGACUCUACCUCAAACAGCAGCAGAAACACAACAGGAUGGAGCAGCUGCGGAUGGAACGAGAGAUGAGAGCCCAUCAGAUGGUAGAGGAUCGUAGAAAAAGAAAAGAUGCCGAAAGCAAGUCCAAAACCGUGGAAGCCUUCAAGCGCGCCAAGGAACGAGAGAUGAGGAGGCAGCAUGCUGUUCUACUUAAGCACCAGGAGCGUGAGCGUCGUAAGCACAUGCUUAUAAUGGAGCGUGAAAGACGGAAACAGCAUAUGAUGCUCGUAAGAGCUCUGGAAGCUAGGAAGAAACACGAGGAAAAAGAGCGGAUGAAGAACGAGAAAAAGGUUGAGAAGAAAGUGAAGAAAGAUCGUAAGGUGCAGCAGCGUCUCCUGGAGAUGCAAAUGGCGAAGGAGCUUAAGAAGCCAGUGGAGGACAUGAAACUCGGCCAAGAAUCCAAGGCUCUGCCAAACUUGGAGCGACUUGACGGGCUGAAACUUCCAGGCCAGGCAUUUGCAGAUCUCCUGAUGACUCUGGAAUUCCUCCACACAUUCGCAGAUGCACUUGGUCUCGACAAAGAAGAUGAUAUACCCACUAUGAAGACAUUACAACGGGGUCUACUCGAUGAGACAGAGUACAUCGGGGAGGUCAUAGCGUUAGCAAUCUUGCUUCUUGCACUGGCCCUGGAGGAUCCUGGUAUACCAGACAACCAUCCAGAGAAAUCUCCGUGGGGCCAGUCAGUUGAAGACAUCGACAUCACAGAGGAGAAUCUGUCUGAGAUGCUACGAUAUUACAUCGUUGGUGUGAACGGGGCAGAUGACAAGAUAAGCGUAAUCCUGAGUACCUGCCCCUUCAAGGCCCUCAGUGCCGUCCAGAAGGUGUCCGUCUUCGCCUUCCUGGUCAACCAGCUUGUCUGCAGCCGUCCCGUCACCCAGCAAAUAGAGGGCGGUAUUGAUAAAGUCACUAACUUGAGACGCGACAAAUGGAUCGUCGAAGGCAAGAUGAGAAAACUACGCUCUCUACGAGCCAAGAAGUUCGGCAAGAGGGACAUCCCCAAGCAGGAGCCAGGAAGAGGGACCCCAUCCAGUCUGAACGGCACCCCGGAGAAACAGAAGAAGCUCGGUGACGAUGAUGACGACGAUGACAAGGACGAUGACGAUGACGACAUCAUGAGCGGUGGGGAGGAAGUUGGAGGUGCGGGGACGGAAGAGGAACAGGCGGAGGCCGAGGAAGAGGUGGAAGUAGAGUCCGCUAAUCAGGGACUGGAGGAGAUCGAGAGGAAGAUAGAGAAACUCGGCAAACAACACGGUCAGUUCCGACACAAGAUCUUUGAUGCAUCCCAUUCCCUACGUGCUAUUGCAUUCGGCCAGGACAGAUAUCGGCGCCGCUACUGGGUUCUACCCCACGCCGGUGGCCUCCUUGUGGAGGGUCUCGAGAGCGCCGAACCAAAUUAUUUUAAUAUUGACAAGAAUGCUAAGAAAGAGAUAGUGACUCCCGUCGUUGAAAGCAAAACGGAAACCUGUGGUGAAGAAGCGUGUGUUAAAAACGAAGAUGAAGAGAACAAGGAAGGGAAGGCGGAGGUGACGGGGGAGGGGAAGGAGACUCAGGACGCGAUCCCAAAGUCGGAGGAAAGGGAAGUGGACAAUGAAACCAAAGAGCUACCGAUGGAUACCUCAUGUAAUGCAAUCUCCCAAGAUGCCGCUGUUGCCAAAUCGGAGACGGAGAGCUCGUCGUUGUCAUGCAGCGAGACGACGUCGGUGGUCAAUACGCAGGAGGAGAGCAAGAUGGAGACCACCGAGCCGCGACCGUCGGAAACUGCCUUUGAGGAGAAGACGGUUGCUGAGGAUAAAAGGACAGAAGAGGAGAUUGUGCCUCCCCAGGUGAACGGAGAUAUUACCCUGAAUGGGACGCUAGAGGAGGACCCCAGGGAGAACAUGACUCCGCUUAAUCUCUCGAUGGUCAGUAAGACCUCUCAGAGUGACGCUGAGAAGCCCGAAUCCAGUGCCCGAAACACUGACAAUACCCAGGAAGUGCCGCAAGCGGACUCCUCAAAAAGGACUCUCAUACCUAAAGUAGAGCCUUCGGAAAACUCAGAUACGAGCACCUUAGGUCAGGAAUCACCAACCAAGAAGAGCACUCCUAAGCUCGGAUUUCUGAGCAUCGACAGCAUGCUCCAGAAGCCGGAUAAACCGUCUGUCUCGUCCCCGAGUCACUUUCCGCCCCAUCCCAUCACGUCCUCGAGUACGACGCCCCCGUCCCUACCCGGGGACUCUAAACUCAACGGCACCAUGGGGUCUUGGUUCAGCAUCUUGCCUCGUAUGCCUUGCGACGACACCUCGCUACUCAGCAGCCCCACGAAAAAGGAAGAGGAGGAAGCGUCCAGCGACGCCUCGUUCACCGAUCAGUUCAAGCAGGCCGCCUCCAUGCAGACGGCGUUCGGAAUCUCGCCGUACGGAAUCUACCAGUUACCGUUUCCCCUCAUGCACGUCGGUCAGAUGAACUCCUUCAUGGGAGGGUACGCCUUCCCUGGCGUGGCCCCAAUUCCACUGCAGACCCUCCAUAUGAACCAGAUGGACCAGGCCUCCAACGUCAACCCUCUCAUGCCCCUGGGCAGCGCCCUCAAGAUCAAGACGGAGCAGGAGGAAGAAGACGAAGAAGAAGAGGCGGACUUGAAGGCCAUCGCUAACAUGCAAGCUCUCUUGGACCAGAUGGAGAAGGCGCACCAAGAACCUAUACCAGAUGAUCUACAGCAGGGCUGGUGGCAGAUCUGCGAUCCUAAUAUGUUGCGUCUGGUCACGAGGGCGCUACACAUGCGCGGAAUACGAGAGAGAAUGCUGCAGAAGAGUUUCCAGAAGUACAAUGACUUCUCCCUUAAGGUUUGUGGCAAGGGAAUUAAAAAAGAUGUUUUAAUCAACGAAAUAGAGAAGAAGGUCCCCUUUGUGGACAACAAUAGCAUUCCACGUAUUCCACCUCCCACCUAUGAAGAGAAUGCUGAUUGGCUGAAGGAGGUUACCUUUGCGUCCAAUAAGGGGAUAGUUGAAGCAGUGGAGUCUAUGGAAGAGCGCGUCUUCUCUGCCAGUAUGCAAGUCAAGGGCUGGGUGCUACCGGAGAAGGUGUCCAUUGAUCCAAACUUGGAAUCGUGGCAGCUCACCGAGACCUCCGGAGUGGACCCUAUCGGCAUCGCAAUCAAGAGACUCCUAGCCCUGGAGAAGUCCGUAGAAAGACGCUACUUGAAACCCCCACUCAGCAAAACUGAAAAUGCAAUAAAUCUUGCCGGCCAGGGACAGACAGAGUCUGAUGGUGGAUUGUCCAGAUGUCGAGGUGCCGCCCCCGACGAUCAGUCUUUCAUCAAGGCAGAGGAGGAGCCCUCAAAGGGGUUGAUACGCUGGAGGCGCACCGUCGAGAACGCCACCUCAGCGUCACGACUACACAUGUGUCUCGCCGUCCUGGACAAAUGCGUGGCAUGGGACAAGUCCAUCAUGAAAGUGUUUUGUCAGCUGUGUCGUAAGGGAGACAAUGAGGCGCUUCUCUUGUUAUGUGACGGCUGUGAUAAGGGCUUCCAUACUUACUGCAUCAAGCCCAAGAUGACGCAGAUCCCAGAGGGAGACUGGUACUGCACUGUCUGUAUAUCCAAGGCUACCGGUGAACCAGGUACCUGCACCGAAUGCCAGAAGACCGGUAAACUCUUGAAGUGCGAGCAGUGUCCCAGAGCCUAUCACCUUAACUGCCUUGAUCCUGUACUAAGCAAAUUCCCCCGCGGAAAAUGGUUCUGCCCACCUUGCCAAAAAAUCAAGCGGAAGGCCUCCAAGAGCCGCAACCACAAGAGGAAGAGCAAAGACAAGAAGGACAAAGGUCACCACUCAGGUCACCACUCAGGUCAUCACUCGGGUCAUCAUUCAGGUCGUAGCACGCCUGCUGAUACGCCAUCGAGCCCCGCCGUGUCCGUGGACAAGGAGCAACAGAAGGAGGAGAAAGCGGCAAGGAAGAAGGAGUUGGCGCCAUGCAAACAAGUCAUGGCGGAGUUGGAGAAGGAAGAGAACUCCUGGCCUUUCCUGGUACCCGUCAAUACCAAACAGUUCCCAACCUAUCGCAAGAUUAUCAAGAAACCAAUGGACUUCAGUACCAUCCGAGCCAGGUUGCAUGCUGGACACUACCACCAGCGAGAUGAGUUUGCAGCGGAUGUACGAGUUGUCUUUGACAACUGUGAAACAUUCAACGAGGAUGACUCGGACGUUGGGAGAUCGGGCCAUGAGAUGAGGGAGUUCUUCGAGACUAGGUGGGCGGAGAUUAUCACCGAGCUCGCUACAUAGCCGAGAUGAUGAUUGGUGAAUGGAGAACAAGGCGUGGCAUGGCGUGGCAGGGUGUGACAGAGCAUUAAGACAAAGUAUUAGGGAUUAUAGUAAAACCAGCUUACCCAGAGAAGACUGUAAAUUAUGCAUUUAUUAAAAGAGUACUUACUAAAGUGCAGUUGCACACCAACCAUGUCGGAGGUAAUAUAUGCGCCUUCGAGGCCAAUCUGAUUGGACAGUAGCAUUCACAUGACUCAAAACAUUUUCAGCGUAGGGCAACAAAUCUUGACUUGCCGCUCUUUAAAUGAAACGUGAUUUGUAACAACAUGGGAAGAAAUAGAUUUUUCUUCUUUUCUUUUCUAGUUGACCUCUGGAUCAUAGAGUCGUUUUGCGGAGACACUGUAAGAUAUGCAAAGGGGAUC